GGGGGCGCGUGGCGCCUCUCACUCUCACGGCAGGACGACCGAAGGGCAUCAAAGCAAGGUGAGUCCCUGUCCCUCACCCGGCACAGCUCAGGCAGGGCAGCUAUCAGAGUCAGGUACCCACACACAAAAAUAACCCCCAACACAGGAGCCCAAAGGCCACCACUGAACCCGGUGGGAGAGAUAAACAGAGGCGGAGAAAAUGGCCAGAAAUAAGAUGAACAGAUAGAAGGGGUGGAGGACAGAAGUCUGACGCCUCUGGCAUUUCGGCCCCUCUUCUUUUUCGUGCCGUGAUUAUAAAUAGACUCUGGUGCUUUCUGACCGGAAACCUUUCAUUCAGGAUCAUUCUAGUCGCAGAGCUAUUACGGUGCUUUUAACCCGCUACAAGAGACGCUGCUGCUGCUGCUGCUGCUGCUGCUGCACAGGCCGGUUUACAUACUGAUUACUUGCACUUUGUAGCACAAAAGUAGGGCGUGAUUAAAGCUCUGCAGCUCCGGCGUUCUCAGAGUGAAAUCAGAAAAUCUCAGUCAAUAUUUCACUUUAGUCACCUUUCUGUGAAUUCUUCAAUCUAAAAAUUAUUGUGUAUCAGACCUGAACUUUUAACCAGCUUACCUCUCAGACCAUUAAGUCCCAGCCAUCUUCUUGUUUUGGUAAUGUCUGCUCUGAAGGUCUUAUUUCAACCAAUUUGCGGUCUUUUUUUUUCUCCCAGACAAGAUGACUCACCAUUGCACCAAGUUCUCCGGCCACUGGAAGGUGAGUCUGCAGACAGAAACACAGAUACAUCAUCUCACUGGAAGACCUUUAAAACUAAAAGUUUAUUAUCUCUGAGACGUGAUCAGCUGUCUCGACAGAAAUGACUCUGACAUUUUCAUAAAACUUGAGAGGAGCACAAUUUAUGAGCAACUUUUUAGGGCAGAGCUGCCAUCGUUGUUCAGGCAGAGAUGUGAGAACUGUAAAUGUAACUGUGACUUUUUCUACCACUUUGUUGCAUUUAACAAUCUCUGCUUUUCCGAUUAAACAUCUUAAAUUACCCUCUGAGUUGAUUUCUUUUCUUCUUUGGUACAUUUUUGCCGCUUUCACAUGCCGUUAUUUCGUCCACAGAUCAUUGUCUUCGAUGAGGAGUGCUUCCAGGGCCGCCGCCAUGAGUUUACCUCUGAGUGCAACAACGUGAUGGAGUUUGGCUUCGAGACCGUGCGCUCUCUUAAGGUGGAGAGCGGAGCGUGAGUACACAGACAAGACACGCACAAAUAGUUUUUUUUCACGAGCAGAAAAAUCACAAAAGCCUAAGAGAAAAUGAACAGAAAUGCUUAUGAGUUUCUAUUUUCCAAAUCAGACCUGUAGAAUUUCCUCUCCUGUGUUUAUGACUUUCAUAACAGGUGAAAAAUGUUAUUCUUAACCUCAUUUUUCUACGUUUGUUUUUAUAUUUUCUCCCCUGAAAGCAGGUUUUUAAAAUAGGGCUAAUUUCCUCCCUGUGCUGCAGAUUUGGCUGCUGUUGAGUCUGUCACAGUAAAAAGAAAUACUCCUACUAAUGUCAGAUCAACUGCAAACCUGCAAUAAGGCUCACUACCUUUAGGAGAGUGUUUAAGAAUAACUCAUUUAGAAGAAAACAGGACUGGUUUUCUGUUUGAAAGAGGGACUUGUUGGGAACAUAAGAACAAAAAUGUGUAUUUUCUGGCUAAAUAAUGUUAAAAAAAAAUAAUACCUUCACUAACUACAGUGCUGAAUUAGUUUUUUACUUACGAAAAUAAAAGUGGUAAUACAAUCAAUAUGAUACUUAUGAUAAUGUGGUGCUAAUGUGCCAAAAGAUUAAGUAUCUCCUUGUUUAAAAAAACUUUAUUGAAGUACAUUUUAGAAAAAUGCUCCAUGACUUUCAUUUCAACAACCGUCAUCUUAAACAACAGAUUAGAACAUAAAGACAUUAUUCUGACUUUACCCUCUUAAUUGAUUGCUUUACUAAGACUUUAUUUUCAUGAGUAAUGAUUUUACUACGGCUUUAUUCUCGUUAUUACUUUACUUUAACUUUACCCUUGUAAGUAAUUACUUUACUUUGACUUAAUUCUCGUAAGUAAUGACUCUAUUACGACUUUAUUCUCAUAAUUGCUUUGAUUCAACUUUAUUCUCCUAAGUAAUGAUUUUAUUAUGACAUUAGUCUCAUAAGUAAUUACUUUACUUCGGCUCAAUUCUCAUAAGUAAUUACUUUACUAUGACUUCAUUCUGGUACGUGAUGAUUUUACUUCGACUUUACUCUCAUAAGUAAUUACUUCACUCUGACUUUUUUUUCGUAAGUAAUGGUUUCAUCACGAUUUUAUUCUCGUAAAUUUAUUACUUUAAUCUCGAAGUCUUUUUUAAAAUUUUUUUUUUAAUUUAUUUUUUCUUAAUGUGGCCCUAAUACUCGUAACUAAGAAAGACUAACAAUGUGGAAAAAUUACCACCAAAAUUACACUUCCUGACAACUUUUUCAACAAUAUUAGCAUGAAAUCUGAAGGUAAGCUAACUGCUGAACAAAACAACUGCGAUGGAGAAAAGUGGUUUCAGGUUUAAUGAUACAGCAACAAAAAUAAAUAAAAAAAUCACAGAAAAAAAUAUAGAUACAUUAAAAUUAAUGGAAAACAAGGAGUUACUCACUAACCAGUUAAUACUCACUUCUCCGAUCCAAACUGGUCUCAAAACUAACGGUCAAAAGAGCGAAAAAACUCCUGACCAAUCAGCGACCGUCUCCCGUCUCCAGAGGCAGGCCUUGAGGGGCUACAUGUCUUGUCUGUCUCUUUGAUUGAUAGCUGUUAAACCAAUCACAUCCAAGAACAAAGCAUAUCACUGAAGUUAUCGGUUUUUUCGUUUGGAAUAAAAAUGACGGCAAUGGCAGGCUUUACCCACAUCUAACACUGUGUACAUUUUUUACAUUUAGAAACAACCAUCUAAAGGAAAUUUCUGUUAAAUUUAGCAUCUAUCUACCAGAACUCUAUUUCUCAGUUUCACAGUUGAAACCAAAAACAGAAAAGGUUGUAACGAUAAGGCUGACUAAACCCAUUUUUCGCCUGUUCAUGAGUCAUAAACACAGGAAAUUAGAUUAUUUUUAUAUUGGGAAAAAUCUGAUCACUAGAUGUUUUUAAGGGCAGGAACAUUCCAGAGUCUGCACAUUAAAUCUGUGCCACACACUCGUGAUUAUGUUGCAGUUUGUGUGGAGAGCAGUGACACUUUUUUCUGUUUGUCUCCCUCUUAGUUUUGUCAAAAAUGUGCAUUUCAAGCAAACUGUGAUUUAUAAUGAGUUAUCCUUAAUUCAAGAUUACCUGUGAAGUGACCUAACAUGUUUGGCCGCCUCUGGUGGGUCCCAUAGACUGUAUAUAGAAUAGUAUUAGUAUAAUAUAUAGUAUAUACAGUCUACAGUGGGUCUCUACCUUCAGGGUCUCCAAACUGAAGCAGCCAAAAACUUCCAGCUAUCGAAGAUUGAUAAAGUCCUCCAGAGAGAGGGAACGUUUUAUUUAUCAAUCCAUAGAGACAUACAUAUAACAUAGUACAAUUGACUGAUUUCCAUUAAGCAAAGUUUGUGUUCAGAUGUUUUAAUGUAUUUUCUUACAUUAAAGACUACAGAGUGCACCUCUGUAGUUCUACAGAUCCACCACAGCAGCUUCAAAUGGAGAUUACAAAAAUGUAAAAAUCACUCAAAACUCACUGAAAACUACUCUACCUGGAAGAGAGUGACCAAAUUCUGUUUAUCUCAGCAGCAAACAUGCACUAACACUAGAUUUUCUGCAACCAUGUCACUACUAUCCUUAAUAUUUCUAUUGUUUUAUACUGUACCCAGAUUAACGUUAAUAUUAUUUUUCUUUUAACUGACCAUUUUCAUCUUUUAUUCAAACAAAAACUCUUCUAGAGACAUGUGUUGCAAAUGAACAUCCUCUAAAAAAAACUUUGAUAUAUGCACUGGAUAACUGCACCCAGUUUUUGUAUGUGUAUUAUAUCUGUCUCUAAGAAAUCAACCACAAACAUUUGAAACAUGACCCCUGACGAUUAAAAACAAGCUGUUUGGCUACAACUAGUUUCCAACUCCCGACUCAAGUUAGACUUUGAGUUACUAUAUAUUAAAAUGAUGUGUGUGUAUAUAUAUAUAUAUAUAUAUAUAUAUAUAUAUAUAUAUAUAUAUAUAUAUAUAUAUAUAUAUAUAUUUCUGAAAAUAUCUUUUCAGAAAAUCUUUACCGAUUAGUCUCAAACGGGCUAAAAUUGGCCCUACUACUGAUAAUUUCACAGAUAAUUAAUAAUUUUCAUUAUUUAUCCUGAUUAGAAUUCUGAAAGACUGAACAGUUGUAUAGUUUUACUUGAAAGUUGAAUUGAAGCUGAUUACUACUGCAGCUCUUCUAUUGGAGGAGACAUGUAAUGUGAGACCUGCAGGUUUUUCUUGGGUAAUUAGUGCAGCUGUGGGUAUUUGAGAUUUCGUCAUUAUUUUUGUAAAAAGUAUUGUUUUGUUAUGCAAAGUAAACCCCCAAUUAAAUUCAAGAAAGAAAAGAUGGACGACUAUGAUGUUUUAUUAUGGAAAUACGCGUCAACUACAUGCUCUGGUUCGUCACCUCGGAGGGUCUUCAAUCAUUAGCUGAUUGAAGCUGCAUUCAUAUAUAGGAUACACACAAUAACACUGCUUUUAAACAAAUGAACGAAAUAUGACAACAGGCUAAUUAUUCCAUCAAACUCUGUUACAUUUACAUUUGGUAUUUGAUAAUGAUCAUUUUUACUGCUGUAUCAUCCUCUUCAAUCUGAGGUCAGUAAGUGUUUUAAUACAAAAAGAAGAUAAAGAAAGAAGAGCUAUGGAUAUGUUAAUGUCCUCUGUGGUUUGUUCACAGCUGGGUGGGUUACGAGCAUGCCUCCUUCCUGGGGCAGCAGUUCGUCCUGGAGAGGGGAGAGUACCCCCAGAGCGAUGCUUUUGGGGGCAGCAACUCUUAUCACAUUGAGAGACUGACCUCCUUCAGACCUAUCGCCUGUGCUGUGAGUUGACCUCGCUUUAAGUCUUUCCUGAAUCGUUUCUGUCAUUGUUUCGCUCUGGAUGUCUGGACAAACUGCUCAAAAACAUACACGGAGUGUGUUUGUGUUUGUUUACCCCCCCCCUGCAGAACCACAGAGAGUGUCGUAUGACUAUCUUUGAGCGUGAGAACUUCCUGGGCCGUAAGGGUGAGCUCAGCGAUGAUUAUCCCUCCCUCCAGGCCAUGGGCUGGUGCAACAACGAAGUGGGCUCUCUCAAGAUCCAGUCUGGAGCGUGAGUUUCCACAUUUUCUAGUUUUCAAUUUUCUCAAGCGGCUCAGAAAUAAGCCUGGUUAGAGUUUCACAAUCUUUUGCAACAUCUAAUCACUACUUCCUCGUCCCUCUCUGUGAUUUCCCAACAGAUUUGUGUGCUACCAGUACCCUGGUUACCGUGGAUACCAGUAUAUCAUGGAGUGUGAUCGUCACUGUGGGGAGUUUAAACACUUCAAGGAGUUUGGUUCUCAUUGCCAGACCCCUCAGAUCCAGUCCAUCCGCCGUAUUCAGCAGUAACAACUCCUCCCCGAACACUCUUUUUCCCAUGUGACCCUUCACCUUUGACCCCUGCUGCUUCCCAGUGCUGAAUAAACUGUCUUUCUUUUAAACCUUACUGACUUCCACUAAUGUAUCUACUUCACUUCAAGAUACACGGUACACACUUCUACUGAUGUUUUUCUGAAUAAAAAUGACUUCUACAAAGUACACUUGAUGGUACUUCACAAUCUGCCUGGUGUCAAUAUGUGAGCAAAAAAGGUUGAACUCAAAUCAAACUGAAUCAGUAAGCAUAGUGAUAGCUGGUAGAAACAGCCGAGAUGACAAGCGACUGUGGCUCUCUGAAAUAAUGCUUUUUUUCUCUCUCUCUCUUUUUAGUAAAGAGCUGAAACUAAAUAAAUCGGACUUAAUUUUUAUAUUCUGA